GAACUCAAACUCAAGUCGAGACGACAACGACGACGACGACGACGUCGACAACGAUCCAUAAAGCCAGUUGCCCAUAAGCCAAACGCGACUUCAGCAUUGCACACGCGCAUCAUCUUCGAUUCUCCCUGACAAUAGAAGGAAAUUAAGCCGCAGUCACCUUUGUUAUUAUCGGGGUUGCUGUUGUUGUUGUUGUUAUUGUUGUUGUUGUUGCUGCUGCUGCAGCGACAGGUAAACAAAAGGAAAAGCCGACACACGUAGCCGAUCACGAUCCUUGACUGUUGACACACGUACCACGAGACACUCCAUCAACUGGCUGACGCCAUGGACCGCAGCUCCACUGACGAAUGAUGAAUAGCUAGGAAAAACAGUUUUCAUUGCAUACACUUCUAGUGCAGCUCAUGCAUCGACCAGAGAAUAUUCUUAAGCGACAAAAACAAAAUCGAAAGUGGGGAUCAUUGGCCAGCGACAGGUCGUCGGCAGCGAACGUCAAUCGGCUUAAGCGAUGAGCGAUCAACUGUUGAGCGCUGCCACGGACGACGAUCCACCGGCACUGAUACCGACGCCGGUGUCAUUGCCCAGCGCCUAUGUGGACGCUGAUGCCUCUGCCGAGCAGCCCGUGCUCCUGGAGCUGGGCGCCGCUCAGCCGCCGGCAGCGAAUCUCAACUAUUCGCUCUCGCCGGACGGCGCUGCGAUGCUCACCUAUACAGCGCCCGCACACGCUCACAUCAGCUAUUCGCCCACAUUGAUGUCCAGCUACGAGAAGCAGCACACUCUCGGCUUGAUCGGGCCGGCAAUUGGUGGCAGCUCCGCCUACAGCAUCAGCAUACCACAGACCGUGUCCAUGUGGCAUGAUGGCUGUGCGCCGCCUGAGCCCAAGCGCAGCGAACUGGUCGCCGUGCCACCGCCCACAUAUAUGACCUAUAGCGGGGGCAGCAAUGGGAGCGGUGGUGUCGCUGGUGCCGUGGAGGUGGAGAUCGCCAAGGAACAGAAUCCCGCAUGGCGCGAAAAGGCGCUGCAAAUGGAGAAAGACUACAGACGCACGGCCUGUGAUCGAGAGCGCACGCGCAUGCGCGACAUGAACAAGGCCUUUGAUCUGCUGCGCUCCAAGUUGCCCAUCUCGAAGCCAAAUGGCAAGAAGUACUCAAAAAUCGAGAGCUUACGCAUCGCCAUCAACUACAUCAAUCAUCUGCAGGCCAUGCUGCGCGAGAAUCACGUGCUGCCCGAAACCGAGCUGGUUUCGUUCAAGUGCAGCAAUCGCUCCCUGAACUACGAUGGCCAGGGCCAACAUCUCAAUCCCUCCGCUGGGUAUGACUACGAGAACAGCGCCUCGGCGGCUGCCUCAUCCCAGAAUGGCUGCACCUGGAGCGGUGGCAGCAGCAGUUCCCCCAACUACGAGACCAACUCCAAGGAUCAUUGGAACACGUAGCCAAGGUUUGGGCUAAUCAGCACAAUUCACGUGCCAUUGCCAAAGAAAGUUUCGGAAUAUGGUUAAUUUUCAUCAUACAGUGACUCCUUUUGAUUUGUAGAUAUCGUAUAAUACCAGUGUACCAUGGCUAAACUUGACCUGUUGUUCAGUUUAUAAAAAUAUAUAAUUUAAUAUGAAAACAAAU